AUGGAUGGCGUCAGCGAAUCAUUAGAGAAUACAAAAGUUUCAAGUAACUUAACUUCAUCUGUAGAAGCGAAUUCUGACGGACCUAGAGGUGUGUCUCUGUUAUCAGUUCCUGGAGAGUGCGUAGCAAUGUUCAUUUCUCGAGCUUUGGAGCAAAUUAUUGCGGAAAAGCAAAUUCGAAAACCAUCAAAUAAUGAACUUCGCGAAGCCUGCCGCGAUGGCAUUGAGUUUUUGAAGACGCGUAUUGGAGUACUAGAGAAGGGCAAACAUGAUUCUCUUGGGUCCAACGGAUACAUGCCUACUUUGCAGGCUCAAGGAGGAGCAUUAUUAAAUGACGAAAAGUUGUUGCGUCCUCUGGAACUUGCUUGCAAAAGCAAGUCUCCCAAGAUCGUUGCCAUUUCUUUGGAUUGUCUUCAAAAGCUGAUAGCCUAUGGACAUAUUCCCAACAAUGCUUCGUCUGACAAAGUGAUCAGGCGCAUUGUUCAGACUAUCUGCUCCUGUUUUAGCGGUGUAAAUACGGACGAAGGUGUUCAGCUCCAGGUUAUUAAGGCCCUUUUAACUGUUGUCACUUCUCCUGUUGUGGAAGUGCACGAACGCGACAUUCUUCUCGUUGUUCGCACAUGCUAUAACAUCUACAUGGCCACAAGAAAUCUUGUAAAUCAAACUACAGCACGCGCUACCCUCACGCAGAUGCUAAACGUCAUUUUCCAAAGAAUGGAACAGGCCACCCUUGAUGCUGCAGUUCAACAUGAUCAGAAGUUUUCUGAAACCACGACUGAAGCUAGAGCCGCAACUGAGGCAAGUGAAAUUGGUGUUGGAGAGCAUGAAACUGAUCAUGAGAACACAAUUUCUGAAAAGAAAUCCGACUCUUUGAGUUUGGAUGAUGAGAAGUUUGCGGGUGGUUCUGUCGACCGUGAAGAAAUACUAAACGAAUCUUCCCUUUCAAAUGUUGCUCAGACUGAAACCAGUCGAGAGGGAUCGAUUGCUAGUAAAAAAGAAGAAAGUGAAGACGAGGGAGAUGAGGAAGAGGAUGGAACUGGAGCAUGCAACUAUGAGACUGAAUCACGUGCAGGAAGCCACAGUGAUCAGGAAAAAGUUGAUGAGCAAGAAUCCAAACCCGCCUCCGACGAAGUAAGCGAGGAAAGUUUGUCACCGGCCACUCGUGAUGAUGGGCCGAGUAUGGCUGAGGAUGUUGGUGAAGCGACAGAAACUGCUUCAAUAAAUGCAGAGGAGGCGUCGAAAUCUAAUUCAAUUCAACCUUCUGUAUCUGCCUCGUCUCUCCGUGUAGAAACCAUCAACGGUUCUGCAGCCGACUCGUCCGAUGAAACCACUUCGUUUGACUUUUAUUUUGCUCACGUAUCGCAGAAGGACGCUUUUCUAGUUUUCCGCUCGCUUUGCAAGCUGGCAAUGAAACCCCUAGCUAGCACGAACCCCGCUGAUCCCAAAUCACAUGAGUUACGAUCCAAGAUCCUCUCCCUUCAGCUACUUCUCAGUAUUCUUCAACAACCGGGUCCAGCCUUUAGAUCAAAUGCGGUUUUCAUCACAGCAAUAAAACAGUACUUGUGCGUAGCCCUAUCCAAGAACGGUGUUUCCUCAGUUCCGGAAGUCUUUGAACUGUCUUUGGCUAUUUUCCUCUCUCUAUUAGCUCACUUUAAGCAGCAUCUUAAGAUUCAGAUAGAGGUAUUUUUCAAGGAAAUGCUCUUUGCUGUCCUCGACUCGUCAUCUGCUUCGUUUGAACACAAGUGGAUUGUCGUAGAAGCUCUGCAGCGUAUUUGUAAGGAUAAGCAGUGCAUUGUUGACGCCUAUCUAAAUUACGACUGCGAUCUGGAACGAGCAAAUAUUUUUGAGAAGCUAGUAAUUUGCCUUGCAAAGGUAGCUCAAGGUCGUCCCUCUGUGGAUACGCGGACGACACAACCUCAACUUCAGAAUUUGCGCAAAAAAGGUUUGGAGUGCUUAGUGCUCAUCCUGAAGUGCAUGGUACGUUGGUCUGGUGAUCUUUUCAACGUGACUAAUGAAACACAGUCAUUCCUGGGUUCGGAACCCACUAAUUCAUCUACAAACACUAAGGAACAUGACACUGAUAGUGGAGCAUCCGUCCGUUUGAAUCAGAUGGUUCAAGAUGAUCCCGAGGCAUUUGAAUCUCGCAAAGCCAUUAAAGAAGUGUACGAGACGGGUAUACACCUGUUUAAUCGGGGAAAAAUCUCCAGAGGCCUUGCCUUGCUUCAAGAGAACAAUCUUUUGGGAAAUAGUGCCGAGGAAAUAGCCAUGUUCUUGCACAACGAGUCACGCCUUUGUCGUACCGCCAUUGGCGACUUUCUAGGCGAGAAUGAAGCUUUUGCAUUGGAAGUCAUGUACGCCUAUGUGGACUGUUUCGAUUUCUCUGGAUUUGAGCUCUUACCUGCUCUGAGAUUAUUUUUAUCUGGUUUCUGGUUACCUGGUGAGGCACAAAAGAUAGAUCGCUUGAUGGAAAAAUUUGCGGCUCGAUACUACGCAUGCAAUCUGAAUAACACACUCUUCGCCUCCGCCGAUACUGCUUACGUACUGGCCUUCUCUAUCAUCAUGCUUACCACUGAUCUCCACUCGGAGAAAAUUAAGCAAAAACAAAAGAUGAGCAAGGAGGACUACAUAAAAAUGAAUCGAGGUAUCAAUGACAGCCAAGAUUUGCCGCGUGAAUACCUCGGUAAGAUAUACGACGAGAUUGCCCAGUGCGGCAUUCAAAUGCGCUCUGAGGACAUUUCGUCUGUGCUCACCAGUAAUGGCACUGCAGGCAAUCCAAACAAUGGUGCAUCUACUGGCGUAAGGGCCUUAAUGGAGUCGGUGAGUCACAUGGAGUCUGAAUUCACAUGUGCCACGCAUUUUGAACACGUCCGGCCGAUGUUUAAGUUGGUAUGGACACCCUUUUUGGCGGCCUUCAGCGUCGGGCUGCAAGACUGCGAUGAUCCGAUAAUAGCUCACCACUGCCUCGAAGGCAUUCAGUGCGCUAUCCGCAUCGCUUGCACAUUCCGUAUGGAACUUGAGCGUGACGCCUACGUCCAGGCUCUGGCUCGUUUUACUCUCCUUCUCUCCACUUCUCAAUCUCAGAGUGAUACACUUGCGAUCAGCGGUCAGGGCAUCGGUGUAGUGGGUAACCAUUUAAGAGGACGUCUCGAGUCCAUGCACAGCCAGAUGACUGGAAGCAAUUCGUCCAUCAAUUCUUCUUUGAACACAGUAGAACCACCUUUAAUAAUAAGUCCCACACCAGAGAUGAUGAAAUCAAAGAACGUUGACAGUAUUCGUACGCUCAUCUCGGUAGCUCAAACCGAUGGUAAUUAUCUUGGACAUUCGUGGCUCCACAUUCUUCGCUGCAUCUCCCAGUUAGAGUCGGCCAAUGUCAUUGCCACCAGCACAGGGCGCUCUCUGCCUCGACGUCGUCAAGGUCCACACGCCACCGGCGAAGAGGCCAUUGUGGCAGAAGGUGAAGGACAGAAUAGGCUGACACGCAAACGUAGUGGCCUCGCACCAGGCAGUUUAGCUGCUGCCACGGUGGACUCCCGCAAGGCCGCUGUGCUGCAAGAGGUCAUGGGUGAGACAGGUUCCCGCAGCGUAGUGGUCGCGGUUGAUAAGAUCUUUUCGGGCUCUGUCCGCCUUGAUGGUGAUGCAAUCGUGGACUUCGUGCAAGCACUUUGCCAGGUGUCACUAGAGGAACUGGCUCUUCCUCAGCCCCGCACUUUCAGCCUUCAGAAGGUAGUGGAGAUUUCUUAUUACAACAUUGGACGCAUCCGCCUUCAAUGGUCACGCAUCUGGGAGCACAUCGGACAGCACUUUACCACUGCCGGCCGUUCCGCCAACGAGGAUGUGGCCAUCUUCGCGGUGGACUCUCUGCGCCAACUCGCAGUCAAAUUAAUUGAAAGGGGUGAACUGCCAAACUUCCACUUCCAAAAGGAAUGCAUUCGUACCUUUGCAAGAACCUCCCAACUCGCCAUUGUUGUUUUCAUUGCCUUAGCGAGGCGAGUGCAAGCGCCGCUGAUUCACUGUUGUGCGUAUUAUUUCAGGCCGUUCCUGAAUAUCUUGGACGAUAUAAAUGAGGUGGAGCCCAGUAUUCAGGACAUGGUGGUUCGAUGUGUCUCGCAACUGAUCCAAUCUCAAUGGACUAACAUUCGGUCCGGUUGGACUAACAUCUUUCUUGUGCUUUAUACGGCUGCUGCAUCCACUGAGGAGGGUGUCAUUGAGCUGGCCUUCAGUGCUUGCUCCUUUGUUAUCAAUACCGUCUUUCCAAAUAACUUCCACGUCCUUAUCAAUUCUUUUCCGGUCUUCAUAAAGGCUCUGGCGGAGUUCGCUUGCAACUUGCAUUUCCCCGACACUUCGAUGGAGGCAAUUCGGCUACUCCGACUGUGUGCACGCAUCGUCAGUGAGCGGGCCCUCCAGUUUGCUGAUGAAUCCAACUCGUCCAAGAAUGCCCCGACCACUGAGAUCACUUCUUCUGAAGAAGAUAAAGAGGACGAUGUACUAUGGAAACGCGGAUGGAUGCCUAUCCUUUACGAGCUAUUCCGAAUCAUCAAUGACUGUAAGUUGGACGUGCGGACACGGGGUUUAACCGUAUUCUUCGAGGUGAUUAAGUCCUACGGCUCAACUUUCCAUCUCAGUUGGUGGGUGCAAAUCUUUAAGCUUAUCUUCUCCAUCUUCGAGCAUGGUCGUGACACCAGUUUGGGAGUUACGGCUCCUUCGCAUGCGGCGAAGACAGAGACUACAUUGCAGAACAAUCGACACCGUCUCAUCUCCGGUGACCAACUCGAUGCUUUUGGCAUCACCUAUCGCAUCUUCACCAGUCCCGCCGAUCGCAGUGAAUGGCUCACUACGACCUGCAAUCAUGCUCUCUACUCCGUUAUAGACAUUUUUUCACAGUUCUUUGACCAAAUUGGUGACAGCUUACUUGGUAGGCAAAUCCGGUUCCCACAGUACCAAGGUCAACGCGACUUGAUGCGUGCACCCGUUAUUGUAGGGGACCUCUACAAGCAGCUAAAGUGGUGCUGUCUUCAAGAUCACGAACAAUUAGCCCGUUCGGGAGCCAGCUGUCUGGAGACCAUGGUUCUUACGAAUGGGUCAAAGUUUGAUGCAGCGAAGUGGACAAUGACCAUCGACCUUAUUGUGGAUCUCUUUAAAACAACUGUUCCUAACGAACUGCUCACCUGGCGUCCGGACCACUCAGUCGACGGUGUUGCAGCAGAUGAGGCAGCAGCGAAACGACACCAAUCGGCAUGCACUCGGCUUUUUUUGCGACUCUUGGUCAACUGCAUUGUGCAGUACGAGCUUAUCCAGACAGUAGACAACAUCCUCUUCUUUCCCUCGCGUAGUCGACAAGAGGAUGCGCUUAUUCUCCAGGAGACGCGUCGCUCCUCUGCCCAGCUGAAUUCGCAGCUUCUGAAUGGUGCAGCGGGCACAGUCUCUGGCAGUGGUGCAAACUCUUCUCUUCAGGUUCACACUCCUGAGGAGAAACGACUUCUGGAGGCUGCCGUUAAAUCCGGGGUUGUCACUUCUCCUGCUCCUUCCUCCGAACCUUCUAUCUUGCCCGAUCUUGGAGGUGAUGCAUCUCAUGCGGAGGAGCUAGUGAAUGGCGCGUUACCAUUGCAUAAGAAGGCAAUUUUUUCCUUCAUUUCUUACGAGCAUCGUCUCACGCUUGUCCAGUGCCUCAUGGAAUCACACAAAUUUGCUAAAACCUUUAACUCCAAUAUGGAACAACGGAAUAUCUUGUGGGAAGCCGGAUUCAAAGCAAAGGCUAAACCGAACCUAUUGAAACAAGAAACCCACAGUCUUUCCACAGCUCUGCGGAUCUUGUUCAGAAUUAGUGAGGAGGAAAAUGAGCGUCAACAGGAAUCCUUCAACUUGGGCUGCUACUCCCAUAGGAGAGCCCUUAGACGCAUCUCAUUGAUUGGUUUUUUAUUUCUUCAAAAGGUGACAGAGAUGCUGGAAAAGACGAUAGAAGAGGCCAUUGUCUACUAUCGGGGUCUUCCCGUAGAUGGCCACCGCCAAGCCUGGGACAGUUGUCUCCUACUGACGCUCACACGUCUGGUUCAUCUCUCGCCGGACAGUAGGUUCGCCUCUAUCGCGACUCAUCUCUACCCCACCGUCUGUGACCUGGUCGGACUGCCGAACCUUUCUCCGGAGGUCUCCGUCCUUCUUCGGGCUUUCCUGCUUCGUACAAAUAAGAAGUAA